AUGGCCAAAGGAAAGACCAUUGAUAUGUCCGAUGUAUGGGCCGACCCUAUCGUAAUUCUCAUUUGGGGAGUACUUCCCAUUUCUGUUCCCAUAUAUCUCUGGAAUGAGCCAUUCUUGCGGGCAUUUUAUGGCAACUUUUUCCGGUAUGUCAUGUCUCUACACCAGGCCUGGCUCGUCAACUCAGCCGCCCAUCUGUUUGGCAAUCGUCCAUACGACAGUCAAAUCCAACCGUGCGAAAACAUUUUGGUUCAAUACUUAUCGAUAGGAGAAGGCUAUCAUAACUAUCACCACACAUAUCCCUGGGAUUAUUCUGCAUCUGAAUACGGCUGGAAAGACAACUUCAAUAUCGCCACAGCUUUUAUAGAUUUGUUUGCACAGUUAGGUCUGGCAUACGAUCGCAAAACAGUUGCCAAACAUAUAAUCAAGAAGAGAAUGGCUAAGACUGGG